AUGCGAAAGUACGCUUGGAAAAACGGUUCGAAUAAUUUUGGCCAGGCAAUCCUCAACAAAUAUUGCCUCACUUCACAACGAUGCUGCUGGUUACCUUCCAAAGCAGCAGUGAUCGUAAUUGCUUUAAUGGGUAUAUUACAAAGUAUAUUGCACAUUUCAUUUUUUUUCACCGGCUUAGAUUUGCUCGUUCAUGCUGGUGUACAUGAAAUUUUUAGCCAAAUAAUUAUUCAUACUUACGCUGUUAUAGCUAUAUUGUUAUUUUCGUUGCAUAUUUUGUUACUAAUCGCUGCAUUAAUAUACAGUGAACCGUUAAUUUUAUUAUACCAAUGGUCUAUGAUUUUUUAUAGUGCGAUAGAUUUCGUUUUCUUUUUAUUUAUGAGUUUUGUUAGUGAUUUAAUUUCGGCUCUGAUUUUGUGUUCAAUUUAUAUCAUCUACUGGACUCUGUUUUACAUUUUCAUAUUCUCUGUUAUUAACGGUUUCAGGAGGAAUAUUCAUACAAUUGUAAUUGUGAUAACAUGA